AUGUGCAAUCCAUCCAUCUCCUCACAUCUCUCGUUCAGUGCAACCGCACAAAAUGAAUCCGAAACCAACAAAACCGAACCUAGUGCCACUAAUAACAACAAUAAAAAACCUGAGAGCAGCACCAGCCAAAAAUCAAACGGAACUCAAACGACGUCGUUGUCUUUGAGAAAUGGAAAAGGACGAAUACGAAGUGUUGAUUUCUUGAAGAAGGUUAAAGAAAUGGUUGGUGCAGAGGUACCCGAUGAAGAAUUUAUUAUUCCUCGUUCGGCAUUCGACGCUUUAGCAAAUGAAUACGAUGUUCUCAUUGAUGAAACAUCUUCGUUUAAGGACAAAUAUACUCGUGCAUUGGCAGACACUGAAAAUGUACGUCGUCGCGGUCAGAAACAAGUUGAAGAGGCAAAAUUAUUUGCUAUUCAAGGAUUUUGUAAGGAUCUUCUUGAGGUUGCGGAUAUUUUGGAUUUAGCAGUUGGUUCAAUGAAAAAAGAGGAUAUAGAGACGAAUCCACAAAUAAAGAGUUUACAUGAGGGUGUCGAAAUGACUAGAACCGUGCUCGAAAAGGUAUUUGCUAAACAUGGACUCGUUAAAAUGUCACCAGAAGGCGAAAAAUUCGACCCAAAUCUUCAUGAAGCCGUUUUUCAAGUGCCCAAAGAUCAGAGCAAAUACGAAGCUGGUCACGUAGCGAAAGUGAUGACAAUUGGAUACGCCCUACAAGGCCGUCCAAUUCGUGCCCCUAAAGUUGGCGUUGUUGCCUCCUAA